AGCGACCGGGACAUGUACCGCCAGUUUCAAGACUGGUGUCUCAGGACUUACGGGGACUCAGGAAAAACCAAGACGGUGACCCGUAAAAAAUACGACCGGAUCGUCCAGCUCCUGAACGGCUCCGAGUCGAGCUCCACGGAUAAUGCCAAAUUCAAAUUCUGGGUCAAAUCUAAAGGCUUCCAGCUCGGCAACUCGGACGAGGUCAGUGGUGGUGCUGGAGGAGGGAAGCAAGUGCUGUACGUGCCAGUCAAAACCACGGAUGGAGUAGGUGUAGAUGAGAAGCUGUCUUUACGGCGGGUAGCCGUGGUAGAAGAUUUCUUUGACAUUAUCUAUUCCAUGCAUGUUGAAACUGGGCCUAAUGGAGAACAAAUCAGAAAACAUGCUGGCCAAAAGAGAACGUAUAAAGCAAUUUCAGAGACCUAUGCCUUCCUACCGAGAGAAGCGGUGACACGAUUUCUAAUGAGCUGCUCAGAGUGCCAGAAAAGAAUGCAUUUAAACCCAGAUGGAGCGGAUCAUAAAGAUAAUGGAAAACCUCCAACUUUGGUGACCAGUAUGAUUGAUUACAACAUGCCAAUUACUAUGGCUUAUAUGAAACACAUGAAGCUGCAGCUACUAAAUUCACAGCAAGAUGAGGAUGAAAGCUCUAUAGAAAGUGAUGAGUUUGAUAUGAGUGACUCGACUAGGAUGUCAGCUGUGAACUCUGACCUCAGCUCAAAUCUGGAAGAGAGAAUGCAAAGUCCUCAGAACCUCCAGGGCCAGCAGGAUGAUGAUUCAGCCGCAGAGAGUUUUAAUGGCAAUGAGACCGUGGGACACAGUUCCAAUGCUUCAGGGGGAACACACUGCAGGGAGAUGGCAGAAACCAACAGUAAUGGCAAAACAAAUCUGGAGCAGGAUGAGCAGCCUCUGAACCUGAGUGACAGUCCCCUCUCUGCUCAGCUGACUUCAGAAUACAGACUAGAUGAUCACAGCAGUAAUGGAAAGAACAAAUACAAGACUCUCCUAAUUUCUGAUCUCAAGAUGGAACGGGAGGCAAGAGAAAAUGGAAGCAAGUCCCCUGCACAUAGCUAUUCAAGCUAUGACUCUGGCAAGAAUGAGAGUGUAGGCAGAGGUGCUGAAGAUCUGUCUCUGAAUCGAGGAGAUGAGGAUGAGGAUGACCAUGAUGAGCAGGAAGAUCCUGAGAAGGUUAAUGAAUCAGAUGGGGUAGAAGCUGAGCGACUGAAAGCUUUUAACAUGUUUGUCAGGCUGUUUGUAGAUGAAAACUUGGACCGAAUGGUCCCAAUCUCUAAGCAGCCCAAAGAAAAGAUCCAGGCUAUCAUUGACUCAUGCAGGCGACAAUUCCCUGAGUAUCAAGAGCGUGCCAGAAAACGCAUACGUACUUACCUCAAGUCCUGCAGGCGGAUGAAAAGAAGUGGUUUUGAGAUGUCACGACCUAUUCCCUCACACCUUACUUCAGCAGUUGCAGAGAGUAUCCUGGCUUCCGCCUGUGAGAGUGAAAGCAGAAAUGCUGCAAAAAGGAUGCGGUUGGAUAGACAGCAGGACGAGGCUGCUCCAGCUGACAAGCAGUACAAACAGGAGCCAGCCCAGGUCACUUACUCAACAUCAGCUGUUUCCAGCACACAGGAGGUGUUGUACAUCAAUGGCAAUGGGACCUACAGUUACCAUAGUUACAGAGGGCUCGGAGGUGGGCUGCUAAAUCUCAACGAUGCUUCUAGCAGUGAUCUGCAGCCUACCUCCACCACAGCCGCAACUCAGCACUGCAUCCCAGGCACCACAAACGUCCAGUCCCCUUCCAGCUCAGGUCCAACAGAUCUCAGUAUGAAGAGGCAGUUAGCAACCAGCUCUGGAUCCUCCAGUAGUUCAAGCUCUAGGCCCCAGCUGAGUCCAACUGAAAUAAAUGCAGUGAGGCAGCUUGUGGCAGGGUAUCGAGAAUCAGCCGCAUUUUUAUUGCGUUCUGCAGAUGAACUGGAAAACCUUAUUUUGCAGCAGAACUGA